AUGCUUGAGUGCGCGUUGCCUUUCGCCAUUCGCGAGCUCUCACGAGCAGGAUACGUUGUUUGCGAAAUACUCUAUCUUCUCGCCGUAAUUGACCCUCCUGGCUCUGUGCGCUACGCAUACCCCCCUCGCAAGACCCUUGGCUGGAUCAACGUAACACACGUUUGCCGUCGCUGGCGCGCUAUCGGACUGGAUCUUGCAUCUCUCUGGGCAACAAAUGUUUCUGCGUUUCCCAACGUCAACGCCUUCACUCAAGCCGCUAUUGCUCGAGCUCGUGAAACGGACGUCGUCAUCACGUUAGAGAGGGACUUACCGGAGGUCAACCGUGCCGUAUUCAGAGACUUUGUGGCGAACAGCCCCGGGCGCAUCCGUGAAUUGACGGAUACUGUCCUGAACCCGAGGCACUGGUACAAGCGCAUGAAGAAUAAGGACUUCCCUCGCCUACUUGUCUUGUCCCUCACUUCCCAUGGCUCAUACACGAACGACACUCCCGGCACAUUUUCCAUCAAUGCACCCAAUCUACGCAGCCUCACUCUAAAUGAACCAACAUUCGCAGUCGUCGCCCCGCAACUCCGAUCACUAUGCUUGCGCUGCAAGAAGAACCGGAUGGACUGCACCCUCGAAGUCAUCCUCAAGUCCCUCCGAUGCGCGCCAAAUAUCGAACACCUGGAGGUCUGGGUUCCGCUGCAUAUACAGUCCGCGGCCGGCGUCACCGGCACCGUCAAUCUUCCCCACGCGAGAUACGUCGAGAUUUAA